AUGGCAAAAGACAUCCAGCUAAGGCCCAAGGUCAAUGUCUCUUCUUACAUCCACUUUUUACUGAAUUACAGAAACAAGUUUAAGGAGCAGCAGCCACAUACCUUCUUCGGCUUUAAGGAGUUCUCUAGAAAGUGUUCGGAAAAAUGGAGGUCCAUCUCAAAGCACGAAAAGUCCAAGUACGAAGCCCUGGCCAAGCUCGACAAAGCCCGGUACCAGGAAGAGAUGCUGCAUUACGUCGGCAGCAAGAGGAGGCGGAGAAAGCGGGACCCCCACGCACCCAGGCGGCCUCCCUCGUCCUUCCUGCUCUUCUGUCAGGACCACUACGCCGAGCUGAAGAGGGAGAACCCGGCCUGGUCGGUGGUGCAGGUGGCCAAGGCCUCGGGGAAGAUGUGGUCGGCCAAACCGGACGCCGAGAAGCAGCUGUAUGAGCAGAGAGCGGCCCUGCUGAGAGCGAAGUACCACGAGGAGCUGCAGGUCUACCGUGCGCAGCGUAGGGCCGGGAAGAAGGGUGUCCAGGAGUCGGCGAAGAACCCGUGCAGAGGACAGCAAGUGCAAAGGUCCUGA